GUUUCUUUUGUUUCCAUUCUAAUACUCAUCUCUCUCUCUCUCUCUCUCUCUCUCUCUCUCUCUCUCUCUCCAUUGUUGGGUUUGGGGUUGCUUCAGAUUCUUGAAUGGGUUUUCUGGGUAGUAAAGCUACGGCUGGGCGGCUUCUGCUUCUACUUAUAGCAGUUUCAGCUGCUACAGCUGAUGAAGAUGUAUUUAUUGGCGUGAACAUAGGAACAGAUCUGUCAGACAUGCCACACCCAACACAAGUAGUAGCCCUACUAAAAGCUCAGCAAAUUCGACAUGUCCGGUUAUAUGAUGCUGACCGUGCCAUGCUAGUUGCACUUGCAAAUACUGGCAUUCAAGUUAUGAUUUCUGUUCCUAAUGAACAAAUCCUUGGAAUUGGUCAAUCUAAUUCCACUGCAGCCAAUUGGGUAUCUCAGAAUGUGGUAGCACAUUACCCAGCCACAAACAUCACAGCCAUAGCUGUUGGGUCGGACGUUCUUACCACCCUCCCAAAUGCUGCAAAAAUUCUUGUCAAUGCUCUCAAGUACAUUCAAUCAGCCCUUGUGGCAUCCAAUCUUGACCGCCAAAUCAAAGUUUCAACUCCUCUUUCUUCCUCCAUUAUCCUUGAUUCCUUCCCACCUUCCCAAGCCUUCUUUAACCGUUCAUUGAAUCCAGUUUUGGUCCCCAUGCUUACUUUCUUGCAGUCCACAGGAUCAUUUCUCAUGCUCAAUAUAUACCCAUACUACGAUUACAUGCAAUCAAAUGGUGUCAUUCCAUUAGAUUAUUCACUCUUCAAGUCCCUCCCUCCAAACAAAGAAGCUGUUGAUUCCAAUACACUUCUUCAUUACACUAAUGUUUUUGAUGCUGUGGUUGAUGCAGCAUAUUAUGCCAUGGCUUUUCUUAACUUCACUAACGUUCCAAUAAUAGUGACAGAAUCAGGCUGGCCUUCCAAAGGUGAUUCUAAUGAGCCAGAUGCAACAUUAGAAAAUGCCAACACAUACAACAGCAAUUUAAUAAGGCAUGUCCUGAACAAAACUGGAACUCCCAAACAUCCUGGACUUGCUGUUAGUACUUUCAUUUAUGAACUCUAUAACGAGGAUAUGAAACCUGGACCCAUCUCAGAGAAGAACUGGGGAUUGUUUGAUGCAAAUGGGACACCUAUCUACAUUUUGCGUUUGACAGGUUCAGGAGCAGUAUUAUCAAAUGAUACUACAAACCAAACUUUCUGUAUUACAAAGGAUGGUGCUGAUCCAAAGAUGCUUCAGGCUGCACUAGAUUGGGCUUGUGGACCUGGCAAGGUGGAUUGCUCAGCUUUAUUGCAGGGAGAACCAUGCUACGAACCUGAUAAUGUGAUUGCACAUGCAACAUAUGCGUUUGAUACUUACUAUCAUAAGAUGGGGAAGACUCCGGCAGCUUGCGAUUUCAAUGGAGUGGCUGCAAUUACCACAACAGAUCCAAGCCAUGGAUCCUGCAUAUUUCCUGGAAGUCUCGGCAAGAAUGGCACCUUGGUAAAUAUCACAGCUCCAUCAUUGAAUUCCACAAGUGUAGAUUCUUCCGCCUACAACCUUCACAGCAAUGCUUUUACUAGCAUUGUACUGAUAAUUGAAAUUUUCAUCAGCGUUGCAGUUUUCUUGUAGGCAGGUUGGUAUGUAUAUGUGGGUCUGGGAAGCUUUCAGAAAUUUUGAGAUAGAUGGUGCUCAGAGGGUGUGUUUCCCUUUACUAGGAGAAAAAGGGUCUACUUAGCAGGUAGUUUUAGGGAUUUGGUUGACUCAAUUUUGUAAAAAACAAAGCCGAAUGGCCUGAGCUUCAACUAUUAAUUCAUAUUCUUUUAAUUUGAAA